AUGCUAUGUAUGAGAACACCAAUCGCACAUGUGAACUACAAUAGUCAAUCUAACAUCGGAUAUUCGUGGCAUGCACUUCAAUCAUCAAAAGAUAAAGGGUAUUGGUGGCAUGUUCCUAUAGAUCAUCCUUUUUUCAUUCCUUUUUUAGGUCUUGGCUUCAAUGAAUGUCAAACAAGUACAACUCGAGUACAACACAAACCAGUGAUUAAGAAAAGAACAUUGCAAUUUUUAUUCGAAACACUAGUAAAAAUUAGAGGAACAGAUACCAUCUUUUAUGUUCAUACCUCAAAUUUUGCAGUCCCCACCGGAAACAGUAAAAGAAUUUCUGCGGGAAAUCCGUUGAUUGGACAACACCAGACUGAAGAGCGUCAAUGA